AUGAAUCAACAAGUUCCUGACAAUGAGGGCUUGCAGGUUGAUACCCAUGCUCACCAAGCUGACAAAGCCCCCGAGGUUGUUCCCCACGAUCACAAUACCCACGGUCACGUUCCCGAAUAUGAAGGUCCGUCUUCGAAGAGUCAAAAACCUCCCUUUGGUCUAGGACUGUGGGUAUUUGCUGGACUUGUCGCAUUAUUGACAGCCCUCAUUGUUGGUGCUGGAGUCGGCGGAGGACUUGGCGCUGCUUUGAUGAAUAAGUCGAGCGAUUGUCAAGAAGAAACCGCAUCUACAUCAUCUCCAGCCGACGUAGAGCCUACCUCAUGUCCAACACAGAGCAACAAUACAUCCGAAAACGAUACAGCGCCCUACGUUCCAAAACCUCCUUCUGAAGUAUCAGCUCUGCGAUUGAUAUGUCCCGAUGACAAGCAGGAUGAGACAAAGUACAAGUCGCGCAAGGGUUAUGAAUUCAGGUGGUGGUGUGGCGUGGACGCGCCCAAUGGCCAAGAGUCAAAGGAAGGAGGUGGCAUCUAUGACAUCUCUAUUUUCUCUUAUACUAUUGGCGAUUGUAUGGAAGCUUGUGCCAAUUUGUAUAAGGAGGGCUCGGGUAAUAAAAUCGAACCGAAUUGCAGGAGCCUUGUCUUUUCAAUGAGAAUGGCAAAUUAUGUGGAUAAUCAUAACGCAAAUUGUUUUCUGAAGAACGGGUCAAAAGCUGUAGGUAGCAAGUGGAAUUUCGUCGAUGAGUACUACGCUUAUGCGGAGAUUCCUCGACAAUGA